AUGACAACAAUAACUUUUUUUCUAGUUUUUAUACCUAUACUUGCUCUUAUAUUAUUAAUUGUUAAUUUAUUAUUUUCACCUCAUAAUUCUUAUUUAGAAAAAGAUAGUGCUUUUGAAUGUGGAUUUCAUUCUUUUUUAGGGCAAAACAGAACACAAUUUAGUAUUUCUUUUUUUAUUUUUGCUUUAUUAUUUCUUUUAUUUGAUUUAGAAAUUUUAUUAGUAUAUCCAUAUAUAGUUAGUGCUUAUUUUAAUGGGUUAUAUGGUUUAAUAAUUAUGCUUAUUUUCUUUAUUGUUUUAACUUUAGGUUUUGCUUUCGAAUUAGGUAAAAAUGCAUUAAAAAUUGAAAGUAAACAAAUUAAUAGUCUGACACAAGAUUGAAAAACUAAAAAAACAGAAGAUUUACUUAAUUAUAUUAAGUAA